UUAAAAAACGAAACGAUCAGAUACGCUCCCCAUUCCGAAAAACAGAGAACAGCGGCGCCAUCCCUCCCCUUGGUCCUCGAUUCCUUCUUCUUCAAAACACAGAGAAGAGGACCCCUUUCCCUGGAUAAAAGCGGCGCAUUUUCCCCUUCUCCUCCAUCCCCUCAUCAUCUACAAAACCAGAUUUCACCCCAAUUCAAGGAACCUAACUUCAGGGCCCUGCUUCGAUACACAACAGCGGUUUUCCCUCAACAGGAAGCUGCUGCUCAACGACCCCUCUUUCUGAUUUGAAAAACAAAAGAACCACCAUUAAAAGCUGUUGAAUAAUCUCCAAACCAACUGAAAAAUACAGAAAAAGAGCCUCUUCUUCGCUCAAAAAACAGCCGCUCCAAAGUUGCGCUCAAGAGCUCGUUGAGUUUCCCGGCUAGGUCUCUAGUUCGGGUUUUGUUGAUGAGGUUUGAUAAUUUCUGGAUUUUCGAGUCUUUUUGGCUUGGGAUUAGUGCUGUUUUCUGCCGAUUCCAUGGCUGACUUCACUGAGCUUUAGGUUUUGAAUUUUUUGUGGUUUCAUCGUUGAUUGAGGGCUUUUAUUUGCUGUUACUGGUUUGCUGCUGAGGCCACUAGAAUUAAGCCUUGAUUUGGUCUUUUGGAUUUAUGGCCAAGCAUGGAAAUACAAGACAAAGACAAUGGUUCGUCGGAUAAAGCUAAAGAGAGGAUCUUCCAAACUUUCUCAGAAUUUAUGAUUAGGAUUACAAAAUUUGAUGAAUUAGCAGAAGUGGGAAGUAGAUUGCUAGUUGGUUUUCAGCAAAGCCUCGAGUAUAUACGACGUCCACCAAUUGAAAAGAAUUCCGGACUGGUUGAGCGCAUUAUUAGAGAGAAUGAUACUAAGAGGCUUUCGUCUUAUGUUGAAGCUGGAUGUCUGAAUGCUCAUGACACUCUACAAAAUAUGUCCAAGUUACAUACAUGCCACCUUGGACUUCAGGAUCACGUAAACAAAGCAAAGUGUGUUGUUGAUGAACUUGCAUGCCUUUUAAAGGAUGCGGAAGCUGUAGUACAAACGAUGAAUUGUAGUUUGGCGCAAAUGGGGGAAAGAAAUGUUGACAGUGGUACAGAUUCGUCGGGCACCUCUCAUGAUGAAGAGGAAGAGCUAUCUGUUGAUCUUUUGAAACACGAAGUCAUUGAUAUUGCAACAAUGAUGGCAGUAUUAUACGGCAUGGUAAAAAAUGACUACACAAUGCAGGAAAAGAUUGUUUCUUCCCUUAACCUUACUUCAUCUUCUGGAGAACUGGAGAGCUACUCCAGCAUGUGGUCAUUGCGCCCUUACAUGGAUGAUGAAAUCAUGCAUAAAGCUUGGAAACUUGUACGCCGCUAACUCUUUUUGUCCUCCUGUUUGUUAUUUUGGUGAAAGAUCAUCAAAUAGCGUUAUUUAUAUCAAAGAAGCUUCACUAUAGCUUUCUUUCUUGAAAUUUGUUUGAAGCAAUAGCAAAUGCAGUUUUGCAGUACGAAAAAAAAAGUACAGAAGAAAGGAAAAAAGAAAAAUAGCGGGUGAGGAUGAAGAACAUGUGACGGUUGUAAUAAUUUUUAUUGUUAAUUAUUGGUUAAACUAAGCAUGACUGCUAUGGCACUUAAUCAAGUUGCUAUAAACAUUGACUGGUUUUGGUAUUUA